CGUGCCAAACAUGCAGUGGCCAGACUGGCUCAAAUGGCGCUCGUCUGAUGAGAAGGAAAAGGAGCCCGUCGCUUGGUCCGACUCUCUCAAUGCCACAGACUGGUCACACUAUUCCUCGCCCCGCACAAUCCUCCCUACCGCCAUCCUAACAGUUUCCACUCUCGCAUUGAUCCGCAUCUACCGUCGACACCUCCGCCGUGUUCCUGAAGCCCAGUACAUCACUCCCUCAUAUUUCCACAAGCGCAAUCUCUAUGGCUAUGUCAGUCGCGUUGGAGACGGCGACAACUUCCGCCUCUUCCACACUCCAGGAGGCCGCAUGACGGGCUGGGGCUGGCUUCCCUCGAGAAAGAUUCAAGAUUGGGCUGCCAAAGAAUUCAAAGACAAGACCAUUCAUGUCCGCAUAGCCGGCGUUGAUGCCCCUGAGACGGCGCAUUUCGGCAACAAAGAGCAGCCAUUCGGAAAAGAAGCCCUCGAGUGGCUAAGGACUCUGCUCCACAAACGCUACGUCAGAGCGUACAUCUUCCGCCUGGAUCAGUAUCAAAGAGUCGUCGCAAGUGUAUCAUACUGGAAAUGGGGCUUUUGGAAGACAGACGUCGGUCUGGAAAUGAUCAAGAAUGGCAUGGCUACAGUCUACGAAGCAAAGUUUGGAAGCGAGUUUGGUAACAAAGAGGACAAAUACCGCAGGGCUAUGGAAAAGGCACAAAGGAAACAGAUUGGCAUGUGGAGACACACCAAGCCCGGCUUGAUUGGCAAGUUGAUUGGCCAAAAGAGCGAGAAGGUCGAGACACCGCGUGAAUACAAGACUCGCGUCAGUAAUCUCGAAAAGGCUGAAGCUGCUCAGAAGAAAUAGGGAGAUUCUAGCGAUCAAAC